AACAAUGGAGUCUCUGUUAUCACAAACACUAAACCAAGUAAUAGAUCCCACCCCGUCAGUUCUUCUUAUCACCAUCUCUCUUCUAGUUGUAGUCUACCUCAUCUCACAAUGGUUUAAACCGCUCUACCCUCCCGGUCCCAAAGGCCUACCCGUAAUUGGAAAUAUGCUAAUGAUGGACCAACUCACACACCAUGGUCUAGCCAAGCUAGCCCAUAAAUACGGUGGUUUGUUCCAUUUACGAAUGGGAUUUCGUCACGUGUUUGCCAUCACAUCACCUGACGUCGCUCGACAAGUCCUCCAAGUCCAAGACAUCAGCUUCUCGAACCGGCCCGUGAAUGUAGCCAUAAACUACUUAACCUACGAUCUAGCCGACAUGGCCUUCGCUCCUUACGGACCCUUUUGGAGAGAAAUGAGGAAAGUGUGCGUCAUGAAGGUGUUCAGCCGGAAACGGACCGAGUCAUGGGCCUCGGUCCGUGAAGAAGUAAACAAUAUGGUCCGGUCUUUUUCUAGCAACGUCGGUAAGCCCGUUAACGUUGGAGAGCUCAUUUUCACAUUGACACGGAACAUAACGUACCGAGCGGCGUUUGGUGCGGCCUGCGAGACAGAACAAGACGAGUUCAUAAGGAUCUUGCAAGAGUUCUCAAAGCUAUUUGGAGCAUUCAACAUCGCGGAUUUUAUACCGUUCCUAGGGUGGUUUGAUUUUCAAGGGAUAAACAAGAGGCUUGUUAAGGCUCGUAACGAUCUUGACGGGUUCAUCGAUGAAGUUAUCGAUGAGCAUAUGAAGAAGAGGGAGACUGUAAACGUUGAUGAAGAUACAGAUAUGGUGGAUGAUCUACUUGCGUUUUAUAGCGAGGAUUCAUCAACUAAUCGUAAUAAGAACACCGUAAAACUCACACGUGAUAAUAUCAAAGCCCUCGUCAUGGAUGUUAUGUUUGGAGGAACGGAGACAAUGGCGUCAGGGAUCGAAUGGGCUUUGACAGAGCUUCUACGUAACCCAGCUGAACUCAAACGGCUCCAACAAGAGCUCACCGAGGUCGUGGGUCUUGACCGACGCGUGGAUGAUACUCACCUCGAGCAACUAACAUUCCUAAAAUGCACACUCAAAGAAACCAUGAGACUCCACCCACCGAUCCCACUCAUCCUCCACGAGGCUAUUGAGGACAGAAAGCUCCAAGGCUUCUUUGUUCCCAAAGGCUCACGCUUGAUGAUCAAUGCCUUCGCUAUCGCACGUGACCCGAAGUUGUGGGUUGACCCGGAAGCGUUUCGACCUUCUAGGUUUAUGGAACCGGGUAUGCCUGAUUUCAUGGGGACUAACUUUGAGUUUAUACCCUUCGGGGCAGGUCGGAGAUCGUGUCCGGGAAUGCAACUUGGGCUUUAUGCGAUGGAGGUGGCUGUGGCUAACAUCAUUCACUGUUUCACGUGGAAGUUGCCUGACGGGAUGAAACCAAGUGAGCUCGACAUGAGCGACGUCAUGGGUCUUACCGCUCCCAGAGCCACGCGAUUGAUCGCAGUGCCUGACACGCGCCUCAUCUGUCCGGUGUAUCCUUGACCAUGGAGAGAGUUUUACUGCUCUAUUCAGGAUUAAUGGUUCAAAAGUUUUGUCUUCUCUCUUAAGAUCUUGCUAUCUUUAAAAAAAAUAUAUAUAUAUAUGUUUUUCCACAUUGGGCAUGCUUUGUUUUUUGUUCACAGGGGAUUUUCUUCCUCAAAAUGUAACUGUAA